GUGAUCAUCCGAAUUUUGAUUUUCAACAGCGCCAGGAUCUCUUAUAAUCGCAAAAACCCUAGCUCGGACUUCCUCAGCAGGCCCCCGGAGCGGAGGAUCGAGUACAGAGCAUCGGGCAACAAUGGUGAAGUACUCGAAAGAGCCGGACAACCCCACCAAGUCUUGCAAGGCAAGGGGCUCCGAUCUCCGGGUCCAUUUCAAGAAUACUCGAGAGACGGCCCAUGCUAUUAGGAAAUUGCCCUUGACAAAGGCUAAAAGUUAUUUGGAGGAUGUUUUGGCUCACAAGCAAGCCAUUCCGUUCCGGCGCUUCUGCAGGGGUGUUGGACGGACUGCACAGGCCAAAAACCGUCAUUCUAAUGGCCAGGGGCGCUGGCCUGUCAAAUCUGCGAAGUUCAUUUUGGAUUUGCUCAAGAACGCUGAGAGUAACGCCGAAGUGAAAGGUUUGGAUGUGGAUACUCUAUACGUAUCUCACAUACAGGUUAAUCAAGCUCAAAAGCAAAGGCGUCGGACAUACCGAGCUCAUGGGAGAAUUAAUCCUUAUAUGUCAUCUCCAUGCCACAUUGAGCUGAUUUUGUCUGAAAAGGAAGAACCUGUCAUGAAAGAGCCUGAGACCCAGCUUGCUCCUAGGAAAUCAAAGAGCGCUCUGCGUAGUGGGGCUUCUUCUUGAAAGUUGGUGCAUUAGGGUGGUUCAGAUUUGAUUAGCCAAAUUUCAUCCUCGGGAUUUUGUUCUCUCUUUGUUGAGUGAGAAUGUGCGAUUUGGAGUAUUUACUAUUUUAGUUUUGUUUCUUGGCAUCCUGGCCGGCAUCUUCCAGCAAACUCAGGUCAUUGAUCAACUGAGGAAUUUUUUGGUUUUCUCGUAAGUUGAAAUUUGAUUUUCAGUUGCAUUUGGAUGAGUGCUUCUUAUGCAAAAGCAUUCGAAGUUUGUGCCUCUUCGUUCUUUUUGCAAA